AUGUCUUGUUUUAAUUCCUGUCUCCAAGGAUCCUGCAGUGUCCCUACCGGCCCAGCCACCACCCUCCGCUCCUCUGACAUAUUCUGCCCAUGUGAGGUCUGCCUGCCCAGCACCUGCCCACACAAUAUCAGCCUCCUCCAGCCUGCCUGCUGUGACACUACUUCCCCACCCUGCUGUGUGCCUGACUCUUACGUGGCAUCAUGUUGGCUGCUCAACAAGGGCCACCCUGCCCCAAAUGUGGCCGGGAUCUCUGUCACCACCUGUGUCCAGCCUUGUGAGUGUCAACCUCCUUGCUGCUAG